AUAGGUAGCUAGAUAUUAUCAGCAAAUAAAGCUCCAUCAUAAUAGGUUCACAAAACGACUGUCUGAUUUAUCUUAGUGGCAAACGCUGGAUUCAAAUACAACUAGAACCAUGAAAAGUGGCCUACUGAAGUGCAGGCAAGACGUUCAACUGAUGGCGGACCGUGACACCAUGGCAGGUUGACAUCUCUCCACAGGCACACCAACGCAUCCGAAGAAAUGUAUGUACCCACGCAUGUCAUCAGGUCCACAAUCCAUCUCGAUCUGCCUACUUGGAUCUCUGCCUCAUCUUUCUGCGCUUCCUCUUGAGCCUCCUCAUGCGCUUCUUCUUCCACUGAUGAUUGACACAGGAGAACGUAUCGCUUUAGAUAACAGGAAAAAUAAAAGAACCACUUACACAAUAAAAUGCAAAACAGGACCGUUCUUAUAAGAGAAUAUCUUAAGUUGACUGACAACAGAACCAGAGUGCAAAAACAAGAGUUCGUCUCGUCAUACAACUUACAGAUAAGUUCAAAUAAUAAUAGAAAAACAUAGACAUGAAUACAUCUAACAGAUGUGCAAUAGAAGAGGACUAUCUUGUACGAGAAUAAUGGUCAGUUAACAGAGCAACAAAAUAACGACAAUUCAAGAGAAAAUAUCUUGUCUCGCACGAUUCAAAAGUCUCAACUAACUACAAAACAUUAUGUUUACACAAGUGUCUAGCAACAUGGAAACGUUUUGUGCUUCAAGCCAAGAGGAGCUAAACGGGAGAUAACGAACACCUUGAGGGAUAUGUGAGCGUCGUCUAGCUGACUGGUAUUACUAGCCGUAACCAGCAAAGCAUAUUGAAUGAAGACAAUUGCAUAUUUCAUCAGUUGCUGGCUAGAUUUCAUCGGCAGUGACUUAAGCCAUCGUCCACGGGGCUCAUAUCAAGUGUAUGCGUUAAAGAAACCUUCACCGUGGCCGGGGAAGAACCCUAGCAGACGGCGGUGGCGCCGGAAGCACGCGACGCCUCACAGUCCGCAGCGGCUGGACCGUGCGGAACCGAGCCACGGAACACGAGAUACCAAGCCCGCGCGAGACGAUCUGGCUCGGCUCGCGCAGGGCGGCACCUCGCGUUCCACGCAAACGAUCCAGACCCGGCUGCUGCGCCGAGGGGCGCCACGCACGCACGGCGUGAUCCACCGUCCCAGAAACGAUUCCUCCCAGAAUCGCGCCACUCGAGCCUCUCUCUUUGUAAUCACAGCCCCGGGACAUGGACGGACCGAGUUGGGAGCUAGCUACUCGUGGGAAGGAGUUGCUACGCCACACGGAUCUAAUCGACGAGAUAGUGUGCGCGAGGAGUAGGAAAGCAGGGAGAAUACCUUGGCCCUCAUGGUCGCUUCUUCGCGUGCUAACCUCGAUGCGUCUCCUCCUGCGGCGUCGGCGGCGG